AUGCCCGAACCCACACCCGCAACAACCACGGCCGGCCAUGGUCUCCCAGAGCACCUCGACCCAUCCGAGCUGGGAACGAAAGAGCACUGGGAGAGCGCAUACGCGCGGGAGACACAAAACUUCCUCGAGAACCCCUCCGACGAGGGAAUAAUCUGGUUCUCGGAGUCAUGCGCGGAGGAGCGUAUGAUCCAGUACCUAUCUUCUUUGCCGUUAUCAGCGUCCAGCGCCUCAUUCCUCGACGUCGGCACGGGCAACGGGCACCUCCUCUUCGAGCUGCGGGAGGCGGACGAGGACGAGGAGUACGCCGGCUUGAUGGUCGGGAUCGAUUACGCGCCCGCGAGUGUAGACCUUGCGAGGACGAUUGCGCGGCAGCGGGGGCUGGACGUGCGGUUCGAGACCGUGGAUGUCAUACAGGAUGAGCUGAUGGGACAGCACUGGGUGCCCCCCGGAGGCUUCGACGUCGUGCUGGAUAAGGGCACGUUUGACGCGAUAUCGUUGAGCGAGGAGAUGCUGUCCGAUGGGCGGCGGGUGGUAGAGGCGUACCCUGCCAAGGUCGCCGCGGCGAUGAGGAAGGGUGGCUGGCUGGUCGUCACGAGCUGUAAUUGGACGGAGGAGGAGCUGGGGAGGAGGAUUGUGGAGGGCGCCGCAGGAGAGCUACAGGUCUACGGCAGGGUCAAGUAUCCUAGCUUUACGUUUGGUGGCGUCGCAGGGCAGACGGUCUGUACGCUUUGCUUUAGGCGCAGGGAGUAA